AUGAAUUUGGAUAUCUCAUUAGUUAGCGAAUUUAAUAAUGAUGAUGAUAUCAACGAAAAGAAUCACGAUUUUUACAAUGAAUUGAACGGUACUACUAAUAAUACUACUGAAAAUAAUAUUGAUUAUUACAACUCUCAAUCAGUUAGCAAUGCUUCCAGUCUAGAGCUUUUAUCGGAAUUCAUCGAAUUAGAACAGUUUAUUCCUUCUUUCAAUAAUAAUAAUCAGUGCAAUUGA